CAGACAGCAGCUCCUGCAGCUCUGCAGCUCCAGCGGUGAAAUUUUAACCCUCUUGCAAGUAUUUUUGGCCGCUGAGGGGACCGAGUGAGAUCACUGCGGGUCUCUUUCCUCGGAUAGACUCGAGAGCUGGUUCGGCAGGAGCGACGCAGGGACAGGUUUCAGUCUCGUUUCUGCUGCAUCUUCAUUUUUACAAUCACACUGGAAAUGUCCGAAAACAAGCCGAAUGAUGAGCCGAAGUUAUCCACGACGGACAGGGUGGUGAAAUCUGUCCCCUUCCCCCCCAGUCACCGGCUGACAGCUAAAGAGGUGUUUGACAGCGACGGGAAGCCCAAAGUGGACGUGCUGAAAGCUCACCUAACCAAGGAGGGUCGCGUGGAGGAAUCGGUGGCCCUGAGGCUCAUAGGAGAGGGCGCUGCAAUCUUGCGUGCAGAGAAGAACCUCCUGGACAUCGAGGCCCCUGUGACAGUAUGCGGAGACAUCCACGGCCAGUUCUUUGACCUGAUGAAGCUGUUCGAAGUGGGAGGGUCGCCGGCAUCCACGCGCUACCUUUUCCUGGGGGACUAUGUUGACAGAGGGUAUUUCAGUAUUGAAUGUGUGCUGUACUUGUGGGCCCUAAAGAUCCUUUACCCCAAAACACUGUUUUUGCUGCGUGGGAAUCAUGAAUGUCGACAUUUAACAGAGUAUUUUACUUUUAAGCAAGAAUGUAAAAUUAAGUAUUCAGAGAGGGUGUAUGACGCAUGCAUGGACGCCUUCGACUGCCUUCCCCUGGCUGCCCUUAUGAACCAGCAGUUCCUGUGCGUACAUGGGGGACUAUCUCCAGAAAUCACAAAUCUCGACGACAUCAGGAAACUAGACAGAUUCAAAGAGCCCCCGGCGUACGGACCCAUGUGCGAUCUGCUGUGGUCCGACCCUCUGGAGGAUUUUGGAAAUGAGAAGAGCCAAGAGCACUUUACACACAACACAGUGCGGGGCUGUUCCUAUUUCUAUAGCUACCCUGCAGUCUGUGACUUUCUACAACACAAUAACUUAUUAUCUAUCAUCCGGGCCCAUGAAGCGCAGGAUGCCGGAUAUCGCAUGUACAGAAAGAGUCAGACCACUGGGUUUCCAUCCCUUAUCACCAUCUUCUCAGCACCUAACUAUCUAGAUGUCUACAACAACAAAGCGGCAGUGCUGAAGUACGAGAACAAUGUGAUGAACAUCCGACAGUUCAACUGCUCACCUCACCCCUACUGGCUGCCCAACUUCAUGGAUGUUUUCACUUGGUCCCUGCCCUUCGUUGGCGAGAAGGUGACUGAGAUGCUCGUGAACGUUUUGAGCAUUUGCUCCAACGACGAGCUGACGACUGACGAGGAGCUGGACGGACAGCUAAUAUAUCCCCCCAAAAAAGGUGCCACAGCUUCUGCCCGUAAGGAGGUCAUCCGCAACAAGAUCCGAGCCAUCGGGAAGAUGGCCAGGGUAUUCUCUGUGCUCAGAGAGGAAAGUGAGAGUGUGCUGACGCUGAAGGGACUGACCCCGACAGGCAUGCUACCAAGCGGCGUGCUGUCAGGUGGCAAAGAAAAGCUGCAGAAUGAAACUGCAGGUAUAAUCAGUUGUGCAAGUAUGCUGUUGUGUUAUCUUUUUAGUUUUGUUUAGUUUUUUUUAUUUAAAUUUUUAUUACUAUUCUUCUUAUUAUUUGUGAGACAAGUUUAGAGUUGAGUUCAACCUCUCAAUUCCAGAAACUCCCUCAGUGAACAUGACAAGCUGCUGCAGCUAGAGGGCGCAAGGCUUUCUGCACUCGCCUUCAGGCGCGUUUAAAUUUUAGCCCGACCCUGGAAAGGACGUCGGCGUCCAAAUUUAGAGAGGCAGUUGUGAAUCUCUGCAGUGUUCUGUCGGGUUAGACGUGAAUCAGAGGGCAAAUUGGAUCGGGCUCAAACAAUUGUGAGUGAAAGACGGAUAGCUGCUGUUUGCCUUGUCAUUCCCAAAAAUAAAGCAGAAAUCCAGACCACUUCCCUCUCCUCGCACAGGUUCUCUCAGCUAGCACUUGCAGAAUAUUUGCAAUGCUUUUAAAAUGAGCUCAUGUCACAAUAAGUCGCAUAGGAAGUUGUCAAAUAAAAUCUGAUUUCAGUCUUUAAACUAUUUAACAUAAGACGUCACUUUAGAGGUAGAUCUUUUAUGUAAUCAAAUUUAAUUCAUCUGAAGUCACAUUUUGAGUUUCUCAAUGUCUCCCUUCGGCCGAUCUUGUUAUUCUCAUACCAUCUACAGAUGUUAUGAGUGCAGAGUCCGUGGAUGUGAGCCAGGAGGUACCUGAGAACAAAGGGUUGUUUUACAGUGAUUUAUAAGAGAUGGCACGAGGAAGAGGGCGGAUGGGGACAACUGUUCCUUUGCUUUGAUGUUAUUUAUUCACUAUUUUUUUAUUUUUUUUACCUCGCCCAUGUUUGAGGUAACAGCUGAUUGGUUAGGAAGCACUUUUCCCUGGUUUGUUGGGGAUUAAAGCCACUUGGUUAGGUUUAGGAAUCAAAACUAUGUGGUUACGAUGGAGAAAAAUGUUAAAAAACAUUCUUUCACGACCCCAGAAGUGAUUAUAUUUGGACAAGAGGAUUGGGCUUAGGAUUGAUGAUUGAAAGCUAACUGAAAUAAAUUAUGCAUUUGUAGAUUAAGAAUUUUUUUUUUUUCAAAAGUAGGAGUGAAUAUAGUUAAUGACACCAUAAUGACUUGUGUGAAAAAAUUAUUAGAGCAAUUCUACGUCAUUUUUAACCCAGAUCACUUUUUCAGAGGUUCUCACCAUCUGCUCGCUGCCCAUGUUGUGAGUUAAAAAUGUUAAUAUUAAUUUAAAUUUAAAAAAAAUCCCCAUGUCCCCUAAACCACGUGGAACAUUGCUCCAGGGAUCGCUGACAGGGACGGGUACGUCAUCAUCGUGUCUUUUCUCAGGGAGGACUGAAAGGAGGUUGAUGGAGGAGCUAACUCUCUUUGCUCUGUUGAUGUUUUAUUCAAAUAUCAACAAAAAUCGCUUACCCUACCUUUAAUUUUGAAGAGUUAACAAGAGCAAUAAGUGGUGUUGCACUUUCAGGCACUUAUAGAGAGCCUCUUGUGUGACAGCAGAGGUUUUGUUGCCUAGGUGACGUGUCAGUACAACAAUCCACAGCAGGUACCUCCUGAUUGGCCCAUAAGAACAACGAGCCGUGUAAACUGGCCACAAUAACAAGAUCGGCUCGGUGCCUUUGGGGGAAGAAGUCAACAAAAAUGAUAGUCCUGCACAUUUAUAUGAUAAGCUGUAAGAUCCUCGUCGUGUAUCAACGCCCCACUGAUUGAAACUCAGAAGUCAAGCGUAGUCUUCCUCUCUUUCCAGCUUUCAUUCAUGAGGGGAAUUUAAAACACCAGAGCUCUGGUUUCCCUAGAAAGGCAUUUCCCUUUGAUAACCCAUUUGACAAUAGUGGCCAUGAGGAUUAUCCUGCAUGAAAAUAGUAGCCGUGUAGAGUUUGUGAAGCUCAGUGGGAGCAGCGGACACUAAAGAGAACCCCAGUGAAGGUAGAGUGAUGUUCAGCGAUUCCUGUUGCGACAUCAGUAGAAUCACAUUGCUCCCUUCAUUGUGCUUCUACUACGAUGUUGACUCCACCAUCCAUGCUGUUAACGUCUGUCGUUCUUGUGUUUUUAAUUAUUUAUUUACUUAUUUUUUUGUGGUUACUAUUCAUCAUCAUGGAUAUUUCUUCUAACAUCUCCCGUACUGUUGACGUGUCGCCCCACUUCUGUCUUUACGUGACGCUGACUGUGUACACUUGUAUUGUGUUGUACAUUUAUGAUCUGCAGGGUGACUGGUAUCAAUUGGUAAGUGGCUGACAUACCAAAGGGUGAUUUAUUUUUUGUUUUUUUUGUUUUUUUUUCUGUCACACUCGACUAAAAUACGGCAGCACUUUUGAUAUUUCACAUCAAAAGGUGCUCGAGCAGGUGGAACCGUACUCCACGUCAUGCAGUACCUCGUCCCAGUCCUCCAAGCAUCUGCGGCGCGCUUCUGUGAUUUUAAAACCCGCAGACUCACAUGCUGUUCAAAUUAUUUCAUCACUGUUUUCCACUUGUUCCAUCUUCGGCUUGGCUAUAUCAUCACGUGUGCUCUUAGUCGCGUAACAGAAAGAAAAACGCAAGUUUUUCCAGCUUUUCUUGUGUUUUCUAUUUGCUCUGAAUGUGAAAUCACCGCAUUGGCGCCCUCGUUGUUUUCACUGUAACCUCCGAGGUUUGCUGCUACCAACAUGUGUCACCUUCCCUUUACAGAUCUGGAGCUCAUCGCUAAGUUAAAGCUCAUCCCUCUCCUCUUCCUCCCUCCUUUUUCCUCUCUUACGCUUUCAUCCACGUGUCGUUUUGUCAUGAAAUAUGGAAAUGACGUUAACCUUUGUUGUCGGCAUUGGCUGUCUUUGCUGCUUAUUGACUUGUUCCUGGGACAAAAUGAACUCCUCUGCUCACUUCUCUCAAUCAUUUUGCAACCCCCCUCUUCUUCU